UAUUUUUCCUGCUGUAGUACAAUCUCAGAUUAAGAUGAGUUUUUGUGAGAUAAGCUUGAAUCUAUCUGUAUGUCUCUCUUCUGGACACAAACACGCAGACACACACUGGCCCUCCCUUCACCUUGCUGUGAUAUCACGCUGCCCAUUUUAUUUCAAUUUAAAACUCAUUCAGCAGUCUUCUAGCUCCCAUUGGCUGGAGUGUGUUGUGCAAACACUCUGUGAGGAGUAAUAAAUCCUUUACAUUUUAACUAAACCUUGUAGUGCACGUGUUGGAAAGUGGAGUUUGAUCCUCUGGCGAGUGGAGGAAGCUUCUAGACAAACAUGAGAUUCCUGGGAUCGUCCUCAGGUAAAUUGUGAUACGCUGUAUUGUUUUGGAUAGACAAUUCAGCUCAAAGACAGUCCGCCUGGAAUGAUACAAAGUGUGACAAGUUACUAAAAGGUGAGUUUAUUUACUAGAUAAUGCUAUCAAACACACAGCCUGAAGACAGUGAGAAACUGAGUUGUAGCUUUUACUGAUAUCUGAAAUCCUUUAAUUGUUUGAUUCAUAAUUUAAGAUGUAAGUAAGUGAAGUUUAUUUUUGUUUUUUAACACUAGGUGUCACAAAGUGUUUCACAAGUUAAUAGUUGUGUUAAAGUGCAAAUUCUGUAAGCUCAAAUUAAAUUAUUAACAGGGUUGGACAGUUUAAUGCUAACAACAAUACAGCAAGUUUAUUGAAAAUGUCUCUAGUAACUAACAAAUUUUAAAAUAUUUGUUAAAUUCAUAUAAAGUAAUAGAAGACUGAAAGUUAUCAAAUUGUUAUCUACAAAGUAGAUGUCAAAUAAAUGUGGUAGAGAAGUAGAAAGUUGCAUAUCAAGUACCUCAAACUGGUGCUUAAGUACUGCACACAAGUACAUGUACUUUUUUUCUUAUCACUUUUAUCACUAUACAGUAAUACUUUUGUCAUGACUUUGCAAAAUACAACUUGAUUAGGGUGUCAAGAGCCAAGAUGUUCAAUGUGCAUGAUUCAAGUGCAACUACAUGUCUUUAAGUGUUGUGCUUCCAAGUUGAAAAUAACAGAGUUUAUUAAUUUUGUGGUUUCCAGAUGACUGUUGACCUCACAAUGGGGCCCCCGGGUGCCAGUAUGCCCCCUUCUCCAUCUCCCGCUCCAGUGGGGAAAACCACUCUGGUUACUGUGGACAUAGUGGUCCUGGUAGUCUACUUUUUGUUGGUGCUGGCUGUGGGCUUUUGGUCCAUGUGGAGGACAAAGCGCAGCACGGUGGAUGGAUACUUCCUGGCAGGGAAGAGCAUGACCUGGUGGCCAGUGGGUGCUUCGUUGUUCGCCAGUAAUAUUGGCAGUGGACAUUUCAUUGGCUUGGCAGGGUCAGGAGCUGCAGCAGGAAUCGGGGCUAUUGCAUAUGAAUGGAAUGGUAUGCUGAUGGUGCUGCUGCUUGGAUGGCUCUUCCUGCCCAUUUAUAUUGCCUCUGGGGUGAGUUGUCUUCACAUGAAAUGCCACACAGACACACAUAUGCACAUGCAGGUCAUCAUCUUGAAUGUCUUUCUUCUCCAGGUCACAACAAUGCCAGAAUAUUUGCAGAGGCGAUUUGGUGGGAGAAGAACGCAGCUAUUUAUAGCCAUCUUGUCCUUAUUUAUUUACAUCUUCACAAAGAUAUCGGUGGACAUGUAUGCUGGUGCUAUAUUUAUUCAGCUAGCCUUACAAUGGAAUAUCUACCUGGCUGUGGUGCUGCUGCUGUCAGUCACUGCUCUCUACACUGUAGCAGGUGGUCUGGCUGCAGUUAUCUACACAGAUGCUGUUCAAACUGCUAUCAUGCUGGCAGGAGCUCUCACCCUCAUGGGCUUCAGCUUUGCGGAGGUGGGAGGCUGGAAUGCUCUGCUGGAGGGUUACGCUAACGCCAUCCCCUCUAUACGUGUGCCAAACUCCACCUGUGGCAUCCCUCGAGACGAUGCCUUCCACAUAUUCAGAGACCCAGUGAACUCUGACUUGCCGUGGCCUGGGGUCAUCAUCGGCAUGUCCGUCCCCUCCAUGUGGUACUGGUGCUCCGAUCAGGUGAUCGUGCAGCGCUCACUGGCUGCCAAAAACCUGACCCACGCAAAAGGUGGCUCCCUGCUGGCUGCAUACCUCAAGAUUCUGCCAUUCUUUGCCAUCAUGUUGCCUGGCAUGAUCAGCAGGAUACUUUAUACAGAUGAUGUGGCGUGUGCAGAUCCUGAGCUGUGUAAACAGAUCUGUGGCAACGAAGUGGGUUGUUCAGAUACUGCCUAUGCCAGACUGGUCAUGGAGCUGCUGCCUGCAGGACUGCGAGGUCUGAUGAUGGCAGUGAUGAUUGCUGCCCUCAUGUCUUCUUUGACCUCCAUCUUCAACAGCGCCAGCACAAUUUUCACCAUGGACUUAUGGAAGAGUUUCCGAUCCAGUGCAUCUGAGUGGGAGCUUAUGAUUGUGGGCAGGGUGUUUGUGCUUGUACUGGUGGUGGUGUCUGUGCUGUGGAUUCCUGUUGUCCAGGCCAGUCAGGGUGGGCAGCUCUUUAUCUACAUCCAGUCCAUCAGCACCUACCUCCAGCCCCCCGUCUCCAUCAUCUUCCUCAUGGGCUGCUUCUGGAGGAGGACUAAUGAGAAGGGUGCAUUCUGGGGCCUGGCUGUUGGCCUGUUGGUGGGCUGUAUCCGCAUGUUGCUGGAUUUCAUCUACCCAGCGCCCUUGUGCUACGAAGAGGAUGACAGGCCCGGAGUGUUGAAAUACGUCCAUUACCUCUACUUCUCCGUCUUGCUGUCCUUCAUCACCCUGGUUGUGGUGGUUGUAGUGAGCCUGGCCACAGAGGAGCCCAAACCGGAGCAGAUUAGUCGCCUUACCUGGUUUACAAGGUUUGACCCAGUGGAGCCCAAAGAGCAGGUGUUUACAGUGGAGGGGAGCAGUAAAACCUUACAGGCGGUGACUAGUCAGACGGAUGAGAUGGGAGUUACAGGAAGAGAACAAGAGGACAGCAAUGGAAAAGCAUGUCACCACAGGAAAGACUCUACAUCCUCUGUGUCCAGUGUUCAGAGCCAGUCCAGGCUGAUGUCUGCCCUCUACUGGCUGUGUGGGAUGGAGAGACGGGAGGAAGGAGAGAACAAUCUUGUGACACCUCCUGCACCUGAGCAGGCUAUCGACUCCCUGAAAGAAAAGCCAAGUCUACGGACAAUGGUCAAUGUCAACCUCAUCAUUUGCCUCUCUGUAACUGCCUUUAUCAUUGGCUACUGGGCUUGAUGGGCGGGGUAUGACACUCUUAAUGGACACAUGGUGUUUGGGUUGUGUAAAAGGUGUUGUACAGAUUUUAAUGUUUGUUUGUAUGAGAAGAAAUUGAAGUUUCUUCUUGUUUCUGACACAGUAAAACUGACACAGUAAAAGGAGAUACGUCCACAGGGUGAUAUUAUUUCCUUCAAAUCACAUAGUUCCUUGUCAUGUUUUAUUUGUAAAUAUGACAAAAUCAACUCACUUGUAGUAUACUUUUUGCAACUUCUAUGUGUGAAGUUAGGUCUUUUGCAGGGUUUCUUUUGGAAAUUUGUUAUCUGUCUGGAAACAAUAUUGAUGUCAUUUUUUUUUGUUAAAAACAUCAGGUGUUUUUUGACAUUUAUUACAGCUGAAAAACAUCCAAACCUACCAUAAUGACUGAAUGCAGGUGACAUUUUUCAAGUUUUUUUUUUUUAAGAUAAAUUCUUGUGAAUUCAGUUUUGACAAAAAGACAAAAUAACUUCUGAAAAGAAGCUGACAACACAGUAAAAUGCUGAACAAUCUUUAAUCAUCAAGAGUAAUGAUGCAAUAUGUGCAGAAAAACCACCAUAAAAAUGCUGCAAAGAAAUACAAAAAAACAUCAUCAAAGAGCUGAAAAAAUACCCCAACAAGAUAAAGAUUGUCAGCGUCAGCCGUAGUAAAAAUUAUACACAAAGAAUAAUUAUUUGACUAUAUUUGGUCAUAGCUUUCAGCUCGAGUGGGAGUGAUCAUUUAUGAGCUACAGUAUGUAUUGAAAAUACUUUUUAAAAAAAAAUUACAAUCAAUUUGUUGGAAAACAAAUCCCUUUGAUAAUAAAAUGUAAUCUUUGAGCUUUAAAGCUAUUUUGAGUUUGGUAAAUCAGGUCAGGUUGAAAUCAAAUAAAAUGCAGAUGGAAAACAAAAUGUAAUUCUACUGUACCUCACUAGAUUAUUAGAUACAAUGAAGUAAAGAGAAACUGCUUGAAAUACCCAACACAGGUAUGUAUGUGCUGUGGAGAUGACACCACUGAAAAACUACUGCGUUUUAUAUUGCACUCUUGCCAAAAUAUUUGGUCAUUAUGCAGCUAUUGUAUAAGCUGAGCAGCACUUAAUUUUGUAUUAAAUUUCCUUUGGCCCAGAGUCUUCUUUGGUCUUUUACAGUGUGGUGCUGAAAAGUGUUGAACAUCUAGCUAGUUGAAACUGUCAAAUUAGAAAAUGAUAAAGAAAAAUGCCAGAAUGUGAUUGUGCUUCAUGAUAAAUAGAUUAACACUUGCUGGCUAAUACACACUCAUACUGUAACUGUGCUGCUGAUUUUUUUUU